AUGGCCAGAAACGGGAAAAGAAGGUCGUGUUUCAUCGUCAUGAUCAGAGCCCUCAAUGGUUACGCAGUUGCGUCGACAACCCUGGGUCAACAAAGCCAGCUGGCCACGCUCACCACAGCUUCCAUCGAUCAUCUUUCGUCCAAAUUUCAUCGAAGCCGAUUAGCAGGGCCUGGGGUUGACGAGGGCACUGGGACGCGGGAGCUGACUACAUGUACAGUAACUACUCUCAUUUUACCAGAGGAAUUUCAAGCGACCAACAUCUCAUGGGAUGCGGAUACCUACCUAGUACCUACUAGUGAGGGAAGUCUGGCAAAGAAAAAGGUGAUGCCUCACAGGUGCGGAUGA